ACUUGGUUUUUAUAUGUUAGUGGGGACCUAAACCUGAAUACAUGGGGUCUCGUGUCACUGUGGGGACCAAAUUUGGGGUCCUCACAGGCACAAAAGCUUAUAAAUUGUACAGAACGAUAAUUUUUGGACAAACCUGAAAAUGUAAAAUGUUUUCUACAAUCUUUUGGUUUAGGGUUCUGGUUACGGGAUAAAAUAUACAGUUUGUACAGUAUACAACUCAUUAUGUCCAAUGGACUGACCCCACAUGCGUGUUUGUAUGUGUGUGUGUGUGUGUGUGUGUGUGAGUGAGAGAUCAUUUGAGGAACUCUGCAGGGUGCACACGGCUAAAGGAUGUUGUUUAUCAGCACUAUAUGUGUCUUCUUGGUUCAGGAGGUGGAGACUUUGGAGAUCUUUGUGGAGGAUGGAGGGUUCUGGUUGGCCCGGUGAACACCAAGUCUACGAGGUGACGGUGGUCCAGAACACCACGGCCCCUCACAACCACCCGUUCGCGGACGUGGCCCUCCUGCAGACCUUCAAACCGCUCAUCAUACCCUGCUACGUUCUCGUGGUGCUGGUGGGCGUCUUCGGCAACUACCUUCUGAUCUACGUCAUCUGCCGCACGAGAAAGAUGCACAACGUCACCAACUUCUUCAUCGGCAACCUGGCCUUCUCGGACAUGCUGAUGUGCGUGACCUGCGUUCCCUUCACGCUGGCCUACGCUUUCAGCUCCCACGGCUGGACCUUCGGACGCUUCAUGUGCUACCUGGUGUUCCUGAUCCAGCCGGUCACCGUUUAUGUGUCCGUGUUCACUCUUACGGCCAUUGCGGUCGACAGGUACUACGCCACCGUGCACCCUUUGAAGAAGCGCACCUCCAUGGCGGCCUGUGGGUAUUUGCUAUCUGGGAUCUGGGUGCUGUCAUGCGUGUUAGUAGUGCCCGCCGUGGCCCACACGUAUCACGUGGAGUUCAAAGAGGAAGGUCUAACCAUCUGCGAGGAGUUUUGGUUAGGCCAGGAGACCCAGCGACUGAUCUACGCCUACAGCACGCUGCUCCUCACCUACAUCCUUCCUCUAUCCGCCGUCUGCGUGUCCUACCUGUGCAUCUCCGUCAAACUACGCAACUGCGUCGCCCCCGGGCACCGGACGCAAGACCAGGCCGAAGCCCAGCGUGCCCGCAAACGCAAGAUCUUUAGGUUGGUGGCUCUGGUGGUGGCCGCGUUUGGAGUCUGCUGGCUGCCUAUCCACGUCUUCAACGUGCUGCGUGACAUCGACAUCCUUCUCAUUAACAAGCGUCACUUCCUGUUGAUCCAGCUGUUGUGUCACCUGUGCGCGAUGAGCUCAUCCUGCUGCAAUCCCUUUCUGUACGCUUGGCUGCAUGACCGUUUUCGCUCAGAGCUGCGUAAGAUGUUCACGUGUCACCGUCGCAUCGGCAUUCCAACCAACCAAUGUGCCACAGCCAGCGUGGUUCUAUGACCUUCACGUUAGUCCUGGGAUUUACUGCAGAAACGUUGUGGAAAAAAGGAAGUGCAAUUUAAUUCAUUUGGAAGGGAUAGUUCACCCCUAAAAGGAAAAUUCUGUCAUCAUUUACAUUUAUGCAUUUGACACACGCUUUUAUCCAAAGCGACUUACAUUGCAUUACCCUAUACAUUUAUACUUAGGAAAGAGCAAUCCCCUGGGAUCGAACCCUCAACCUUGCUCUUACCACUGAGGUACAGGAGAGCUGUAGCUCAGUGGUACUCACCAUCACGUCAUUUCUCAAAAUAUCUCUUGUUUUUUUAAUGAAGCAAGAGUAACAUACAUGUUUGAACAACGUGAAGGUGAAUAAAUGGUCCAUUAUAUGUAAAUAAUGUUGAGGUUAUCACUCCUGUUCAUCUCAUUGGCUGAAAUCUUCUCACAAAGGUUUACUAUACCCAGCUACUUUUGACUGGCAGCUUUUUAUUUUUGUUCAUCCCCUUGGACUAAAGGGAGUACACAGAGACGGCAAAGAACUGUGGGUAAAGGUAAAAAUAUUAUUGAGCAAGUAAAAAGGGUCAAUUUAGAUUUUACGGGGUGUGUUUAAAUGGUGACACCUUCUAUCAAUUGCUUUUUAAUUUCCAUAUUUAUUUGACCGCACUACAAUUAUUUGAUGCAUAAAAAUAAACAUGUGUUCUAAACCAACAUGUAUGUGCAAUAAAGAUAGAGUUUAAGCAAAAUAUUUCAAAUAUUAAACAUUC